CACAAAAUAAACACAAAAGAUGGCUUCUUUCUCUGAGCAGGUGCAAAGGGCACUUUUUAACAUCGGCAUAGGAGCAGCCGGCGUUUUAACUGUAGUAACAGUAUUUCUUGUGAAAGGAGUGAUAAAUAGUUCUUCUCAAACACAAAAAAGGUCUUCAAGAAAGAAAAAAGACGCGAAAUAUAUAGAUAUUGACGAUGACAUUCUAUCAAGAUUUUCGAAGGCCAUUCAAUGUGAGACGGUGUCAUAUGGCACGAAGGGUAGUGAGACACCAUCUAGCCCGGAGGAAUUGUUGAAACUUCAUGCUGUUAUAAAAGAUUGUAAGUAUUUGUCCACGCGAAAGUUUAUAAAUCUCAACCUUUUUUAAAACUGUAUUGGACUAGCCAAGGCCUGACUCUUGAGGGCCCAGGAAAGAUAAUAUAAAUAGAAUGACUGGAUGGAAUUAUGUUUUAAAAACUGGGGGAAGUCUAUUCUGACAGCUGUGGUGUGAGGCAUAUACAACUACUUGAAAAAUAUAAACAGAAUUUUGACUAGGGAAGGCCCUUCAUGACUUCAUCAGGAAGAUGAUAACAUGGAUUGAUUACACUGCAGCUGUGACAGCUGCUGUCUAUUAUCGGUUCUACCCUCACUGCUAUAAAUAGUAUAAUAUACAGUAAAUGUAUUUUCUUAAGAACUUGAAAUUCGCACUUUUGCGAGCAACUUUCAGAGUUAUAACCCACAGAAUUGUUCACAGAGACCUUUUAAGAUUGAAAUCUAUCGAGAAAAGCUUAUUUACAACAAUAUAUAAAAGAUGGCUUCUUUCUCAGAGCAGGUGCAAAGGGCACUUUUUAACAUCGGCAUAGGAGUAGCCGGUGCAUGAACAGAGCAAUAACAUUCAGCUCGCUUGGGUGAGCUAGCCCAGGUAAUUGCAUUUAUGUAGGAAAUUUCCAGCCGGGUCACCAAAGAUUUCAGGUCAGACGAGGCGGGAUCUCGCUUUAAAGGCAGGCCAGCUCAGUUCCCAUAUGAAUGCGAAAUGAAAUUUAGUAGGAAAUAAUAACAAAGGCAGGGUCUUGCCUAAACCGGACCUAAGAAUUAAAUUUCUUAAAACAGCCCCUCGCUUGGAAAACUUUAGAGAUAAGGCGAGAUUAUUAUUGCACUGCACCUAAUUUGAAUAAUUUGUUUCUAAAAAUUAGUAAAAUUUGUCCUAUUUCAUACAAUUUACGAACUAGCGACACAGACUUAUUGUUACCAGUUACCAUGUCAGAAAUGUUAAAUGUAAUGUUUGUAACUAAUUAAGUGUAUUGUCAGAUUCUUGUAAUCUGUUGUACACCCCUGAUGGAAAUCAGCAUUUUGUUGUUGGGGCAAGCAUGUUAAAAUAAAUUUAUGUAUGUAUGUAUGUAUGUAAGAAUCAAAUUUCUCAAUUUUUUAUAGCUUUCCCAUGUGUGCAUUCUUCACCUCUGGUUAAAUGUGAAGUAAUCAACAAGUACAGUCUCUUAUACACAAUCAAAGGAAGCGAUCCGUCUCUAAAGCCAUAUCUACUCAUAUCACAUUUGGACGUUGUCCCUGUGAAGGAUCAGUUGUGGGAUGAGCCUCAGUUUGAGGGCCUUGUGAAAGAUGGCUACAUUUGGGGACGAGGAACACUAGAUGUCAAGAAUGGUGUCAUGGUGUGUUUAUUAGUGCAUUAAGCGGCAAUGACCUCUCCUUGAUGAGUAAAGUCGUCUGUUGCAUUGAGCGACAGCACGCUCUCUCUCCUGUUGAUGAGUAAAGUUGUAUUUUUAUUGUACAGGGGUCACUUGAAGCACUGGAGUUUCUUUUGAAAUCUGGUCAUUUGCCAAAGAGAGGUUUCUUCCUUGCUUUUGGACAUGAUGAAGAGGUGGAUUACUGAUAGCUAGUGAUAAUUUAUCACCACUGCCACCAUCACAUUCUCCACCAAUGUUGUCACCACCACCAUCCCAAUGUUGUCAUCACCACCAUCACACAAUCACCAUCACCAUGAUCAUCACAACUUCCACCAUCAUCACAUCCACUGUGAUCACAAACACCACCACCACUAUCAGCAGCACAAUUGCUGCCACCACCAGUAUCAUCAUCACCCCCACCAUCAUCCCUGCACUAUCACCAUCAUCAUUACCACCACUAUCAUUAUCAUUACCACCAUCAUAUCCACUGUCAUCACAACCAUCACCACCACCAUCAUCAUUAUCAUCACAUCCACUGUCAGUUUGUCAUCACAACCAUCACCACCACUAUCACCAUCAUUAUCAUCACCAUCACCUCCACUGUCAUCACAACCACCACUAUCACCAUCAUCAUCAUCAUCACCAUCACCUCCACUGUCAUCACAACCAUCACCACCACUAUCAUUAUCAUCAUUAUCAUCACCUCCACCAUCACCUCCACUGUCAUCACAACCAUCACCACCACUAUCAUUAUCAUCAUCAUUAUCAUCAUCAUCACCAUCACCUCCACUGUCAUUACAACCAUCACCACCACUAUCACCAUCAUCAUCAUCAUCAUCACCAUCACCUCCACUGUCAUCACAACCAUUGAUCACCACCACUAUUACCAUCAUUAUCAUCAUCACCAUUACCUCCACUGUCAUCACAACCAUCACCACCACUAUCACUAUCAUUAUCAUCAUCAUCAUCACCUCCACUGUCAUCACAACCAUUGUGAACCACCACUAUCACCAUCAUUAUCAUCAUUAUCAUCAUCAUUAUCAUCACCAUCACAUCCACUGUCAUCACAACAACCACCAUCAUCAUUAUCACUACAACCUUCAUCAAUUAUGACUUUAUGAUUUUGCUCAGUAAAGAUGAAACUUGUUUGCAUUGUACUCAUCAAGUGGAGACCAAUGUGUUGAUUUACUUUGAAGGUAUUUGGUGAAUACGGAGCUGCCUAUAUUGCCAAUGAACUUGUAUCUCGUGGUGUGAGUCUGGAAUUUGUCCAAGACGAAGGGAUGGUCGUCAUUGAUGAUCUUUUUCCUGGCAUCAGUAAACCUGUAGCUGCGUAUGUAUCGAGUUUACAUUUCAAAGCAGGGCUCAAAAUAACGUCCGCUCAACGGACAGUGACCGGCCAAAAAUGCAUCUUGAAAAUGGUCACUUUUUUACCUCACCGGUCGUUUUGACCGGCCACAUUUUCAUGCCUUCCAAUGUGAUUGCCGACGUCUUCAAUUAAAACAUGAAUCUAUGAUGUAUCGAAACAAGUUUCUUAUAGUUUGUUUCACUGUUAGUGUAAGCGUAUCAAUGACUAUCAGCUCGAUCAAAAACAGAUUUUGACCGAGCUAAAAUCAAGUUGUCUCACAUAAAAGUUUUGUCCAUAUUACAUAUUUCUUGCAUUUUCGACUGUUUCUUCCUUUUUAAUUUAUUUCCCCAUCUUUUAGCCCAAGUGACAUUUAAAAUUUGCCCAACUCACAUUUAAGAUUUUCCCAACUUCAAUUUUUCUUGGGGGGGGGGGGGCAGCUGCCUCCCCCUUACCCCCGUCUCAUACGCUUAUGAUUAUCUAUGCUUGAGCGGAGAUAAACCCUGAAGCCAGUUGUUCAAAAGCCGGUUAACUCAAUCCUAGAUUAACAAAAUCGUCAAAGCAAUCUUCCGAACAGUUUGUCUAGAAACACGAAGCUAUUUUUCCAGAAAUUUUGUCUGCAUCAACGGAAGUUGGAUUAACAGGUUAAGAGGAGAUUUGUUUGUAUGUUACGUAAUAUACCACUUGAGGUUAUGACUAAAUUCAAAAUUUUUAUUUUUCGAUACGUUUCUCAAUCGGCAAACAAACUUCAAAAGUAUGUUUAGUGCUAUAUCUGUAAAAUAAUGCUAAAAUGAAGAGAUUUUAGAUGAUACGCCAAAGAGAAAAUGAUGUCUGAAGUUCAGUAAGUUUUGCUUACAUGGCUGUAUAAAAUAUGGCGUCAAUUUUAAAGCAUCAUUAAUAAUUGUAUUUUAAUUGACAAUUUUUAACUAUUAUUUUAUUUUUUAGUUUCUCAACCGGAAGAUGCAUUGAAAAAGGUUGCUAGCUCUAUAAACUAGAGAAUAAACAUAAAACAAAGUAAUUUUGAGAGGAACGCCAAAAAAAUGUUAGGUUUUGAACACUUUUCAUUGCAAAUACGUGACAUUGAAAAAAAUUGCCUCUUAAAUUUUUAAUCCAGGAUUAGAGUUGAUCUACUUUUGAUCAACCGUCUCCCGCAUACGAGGUUGAACUUAAGUAUUUUCACUUGUGUACAGGAUUGGCGUUGCUGAGAAAGGUUCGCUGGCGAUAGAAUUGAGAGUGGAGACGUCAGGGGGACACGCCUCAAUGCCUCCAAGAGAAAAUAGUAUUGGCAUCCUGGCUAAUGCUGUUGCAAAGUACGUCUUUAUUUUGUGUACCGGUAUAUAUGUACGUGCAGUACAGUAUAUAUGCAGCCAAUAUGUAGGUCUUACUGCCACUUGUAUCAUAAUGUAUGUUAUUCGUUUGUAAUGGGUGAUUCCAUCUAUAGACUAAAUUUUGAUCAAGGCAAAAAGAACGAAAUCCAACACCACAGCUAGAAAGAGCGUCUUAGAAUGAGUAAAACUGCAAAGAUUGGUUGCUAAAUGUUGUAAAAUAAAGAAAAUAUAGCCCUGUGAAGUUCGCAUAUUUUGUAUAUAUUUGUAUUACGCGCGGUAAAAAUAACCACUUUCGGCUCGAAAAUGGUUAUUUUUCCCGCGCUUAAUGCAAACAUAUACAAAAUUUGCGAACUUCACAGGGCUAUAUUUUCCUCAUUUACAACAAUUCGCAAAAACGUAAAACAAUUCGUAAAACACAGCAAUUCGUAAAACUUUGCAAUUUUACUCAUUUUAAGAUCCUCUUUCCAGCUAUGGUAAUGGAUUUAGUUCUUCUUGUCUAGAUCAAAGUUUCGUCUAGAGAUGGAAUCAUCCAUUAUGGCAGGCAGAUUCAAUUGGGGCUACGCUCUGUCUGCUCACCUAUCAUCUGUUGUAAUUUGUUUUGAUGAUGAAGUUAUUAAAUUAAACUAAACUAAACUCUCUACACUUGCAGCCAACGCUCAAGAUUUUACUCGUUUCAUUGUUUUUGCUUCAAAUUUAGAAUUGAACGUAAUCCAAUGCCUACAACAUUUGGAUGUGGACCAGAAAUUGACUUACUUUCAGGAAUUUCUUCUGUGGUAUGUUAGUAAUGUGUUUUAACUUUACUAUACAGUACGUAUUUAUACGUGAUGUGCAACCACUCCCAUGGGAUUCGAAGGACAAAGAGAUUUUCGCCAUGUUGGUUUCGCAUUGCAAACAAGCGAAAUCCUUUGUCAAUGUCAUCCAACAUGGCGGCGAUGGCGUGACUUGCCUAAAGUAAGAACUGAAUGUGCAAAGAAUUCUUUUUAUUAUUAUGGAUGCAAGGUUUUUAAUAAGUCUAAUUAAGUCGAUCGGGACAUAUAGAUAGUUAGUUUAUUGUAGGGAUUUUAGAUAAUUUUAUACUAUUUUAGAUAAAACUGUAUUGUAGAUAUACUGUAUAUUUUUCAGGGCCCCCAAGGAUAACAGUGAACAUUCACUGAUUGGGUCACCCUGUGUAAAUAAAGAUCUUAAAUUACAUUACAUUACAUAUUUGCUUUGAUUAUAGGUGCCACUUCCACUUAGGAUCGUUACAUCCAAUUUGUGGUUAUUUAAACCUCUCAUUGCCUGGUAAGUUUUGGUAUCAUUUUAAAAUCAUCGCACCAGUGUAAUCUAAACCUUUUACUUUUAUACAAUUGUAUCAUUCGACAACCUCCAUUGAUGUUUGUAGGGUUUUAAGCAAAAAGGUAACGACAAAUGCUUUAGUUCGGACUACUAUUGCUGUGACAAAGAUGAAUGGUGGAACAAAGGCAAGUUUUGGUAGCUAACCAUUACUACCAACAUCACAAUCACUGAAUCACUGCAUUGCAACUAUCUUCAACACCUGUAUCAUCGUCAUUACAACCACACCAUGUCAUCACCACCACCAUCGUCAUCAUCACCACCACUACCAUCAUCACCAGUCAUCACCAUCACCACCACCACCACCAUCAUCAUCAUCAUCACCAUCAUCAUCAUCACCAUCAUCAUCACCACCACCACCAUCAUCAUCCCGCCACCAUCACCAUCAUUACCACCACCAUCAUCAUUAUCACCAUCAUCAUCAACACCAUCAUUAUCAACACCACCAUCAUCACCAUCAUCAUCAUCUCCACCAUCAUCUCACCACCACCACCAUCGCCAAUAUUUCGCGACUUCCCCGCCACUGACCACGACCAUCAUACUUUGCAAAGCAACUAUAUCUGACAGCUCUUUUCCUUUCCUUUUAGGACAACGUGAUUCCAGCUUCAGCAACAGCACAUUUAAACAUUAGAAUACACCACGGCGAUACGGCAGAUUCGGUAAGCAAACUUGUCCUGAUGAUGGCGUACAGAUUUUAGAAAACAAGUUAGCUUAUUAUCGCUAUCUUUAUGUCCAGAUUAUCCAACAUUUACGUUCGUGCAUUAAUGAUGAACGUGUUCAGAUCAAUACAUUGACAGCAAAGCGUGAAUCGCCGAUUGCGUCAAGUGACAGCAAGAGUUUUGGUUACAACACCGUAGCCUCUUCCAUACAAGAUGUUUUUCCUGAUGUCAUCGUGGCUCCAGGUUUGUGCUAUUACAAGUAUGAAGGUCCAUUUCCACUCAGGAAAUUGUGAUUGGCCAACGCAAAUUUUCCGUUGGAAAAAAAUUUUGAAGUUGAAAAUUUUCAACUUUUAACAAUGAUAUUUUCAGAAAAUUUUCUGUCCGUGGAAAUUUUUCUUGAGUGGAAAUGGGCCGUUACACCCGUUUUCAAAAUUACGCGACCUCCCUGAAAAAUACUCUUACUUCAAAUGUCAGUUUUAUGUCACAAGAACUGCUAAAAAUAGCAAACGUAAACAAACAGUCAAAAGACAUUUUAAACCGUAUUUAAUAGCAAAACUGAACAAAAAUGAGUUAGAUAACUUAGAUAUACAAACUAAAGCACAAUACAAGCCAUCACAACAGAAAUAUGUGCCGUGAAUGACUUUUAAAGUUUGAAAAAUAACAAUUUAUCCUCGAAUUUAGCUGUCAGUAUAAAACACGCGCGCUAGACUAUAACGGUCAUGUUAUGAUUUUGUCAUGCUUAAAUUUUGCAAUAAUUCUCACUAAAAUAUCUUGAAAAUCAUUGUAAGCCUGUUUAUAUAAAGCAUACAAAGCAUAUACAUCGAAAAGGAAUCGCAAAACUCAAAGUUUGAACUUCGUGACCGAAUGACAUAAAACUGACAUCUCAACUCUAGCAUUUUCGUCCUUGGUCGCGUAAUUUUGAAAACGGGUGUAAAGAGUUUGAGCAAAACAACGAAGUACGAAGACCUAUACUUGAGUUGAGUUGACAAUUCUCGCUAUUUAUGAAUGCUGAUUAUAAUAUAGCAUUUGUAAAUUGUGAACGCUGAUUGGCUAAGAGCCGUGUUGAUAUAACUCAAUGUCAACACGGAAACGUCGGAAAAUUUCUUUCUUUAUGUUUCUUUGUGCUAUAUUAUAAAACAAAUAUAAAACUUUUUUUCCGUAUUGAUAUACAGUUAUAUCAACACUCGUGGAAAUUGGGAAAAUUCGAAAUUGUGUGAAAACACUUCUCCCAAUUUCCACUCGUGUUGAUAUAACUGUAUAUCAACACGGAAAAUGUUUUAUAUUUGUCAGUUAAACCAUAACACGGUGCGAUAAUUCACGAUUUUUAGUCGUACAGUGUACCUGACUGGCAAGCCAAUGGUUGUUGCCGCUUACUUGCGCUAGUACUGUACAAACUCAGUACUCAAUCUGUACUUAGUCUUUAAAAUAAGGAUCAUAAAGUACAGGUUUCUGAAAAGUAUGUUCAGACUACGAGGUAGAAAAAGAAGCACAAUUGCAUAUACAAACAAUCGACUACAACGUUUCUUAGUGCCAAUCAUGUUUCAUGCCAAGACAUCUCAGACACGUGAUAUACCAACUAUAAAUGACGGUAUUGAAUACCUUGGCCUUGGAAAGGUCAUGUGGUACGCGCAAAAAGUAAGUACGCAGAUAGCAAGAGUUCCGCGUACCUGCGUGGUACUUGCUGAAAUCAAACUGAAGUCCAGGCCGUAAUAUUGGCGUACCUAGAUACAUAUCAAGACGCAUUGAAUUAUACUGGUCUAAAAAAGUUAAGUACGCGUAGACAUAAUUCCUGUGAACAAUUUAUUCGGAAAUUGAAGCUUGACAAUGGUCCUAUAAAUCCUCUUAAGGAUGUUGUUGCAACUCGUAUACAUCCAAAUACUCAUAAUUAUAAUCUUAGGGCCGAAUCAAGCUGGUCACUCCAAACGAACACAGAACGGUUUCAAAAUUUUAUAACUGUCAAAUAUAAUUAUUAAUGUAUUAUUGAUUUAGUAGUACUCGUGUAUAUUAAUUCAGGGACCCAAUUAUAAUUUGUGGACAGAUUUAAACUGACUAUUCAGAACGAAUAUUGAACGGUUUGAACUCAAUUUUAUCUGUAAAUUUAAUUUUUAAUGUAUUUACUUAUAAUCAUGUAAUUCAGUAGAGACUGCAAUGUGAUUAAUUAAACAGAUUAUUAUUAUUAUUAUUAUACCUCCGGUGUAUACAUAAGUACGCGAAUUAUCGCACCCUGUCCCUAAUCCAAUAAUGCUGGACGAUGCAGUUGGUUGAAAAAGUUUAAAGGAAUUUGGCAAUAAAAAAUUAGUUUGUCUUAAAAUUAUAUAUUAAACUCUAUUACCGAUUUGUCAUAUCUUGCUUAGUUCUCGAAAUAUUUAGACCGAAAUUAAUGAGCUGUCUACCAUCUUGGACUAAUCCUUGACCUCAUUAACUGUGGUUUUGAAGACGUCAGAAGUUGGGUUAACCAUAUAAAACUACUCUAAAAUGACCGAGUAACAAUCCAAAAUUGUUUGAAAUGUUUUUAAUCGUUUCUAAAUUUCAGACAGCAACCAGAAACGAAGUUUUGGACCCAUAUCGAUCGCUUACUCUCAAGAUAAAAAAUUAGCGUCACCCCUCUCUUGACGUAACAUGCAUAUCCUCAACAAUCCAAGAUGGCGAACAGCUCACUCUUUUCAGUCGAAAUAUUUUGAAAACUAAGCAAGAUAUAGACAAUCUGUAAUAGAGUUUAAUAUAUAGUUUUUUUAAUAAAAAACUAAACUAAUUUUUGUUGCCAAUGUCCUUUAUUGUCGAUUUCAAGUCACUUUUCAACGCACGGUUUCCAAGUUCAUUGCAAACUUGCCAAUUACGUUUCCAAGUUCAAAAAUUGGGCGUGAACUUCGCAACAAAGUUCGCAAGUACAUUUCAAUGUUUGAACUAUUGUAAACAAAUGUUCAUAGUUCAAGUUGAAAUUAACAAUUCAAUGGAAAGUUCGUGGUCCAGUGGGCUACCAAGAAGGUUUGUAUUUCAUUGAACUGGUUAUUAUUAUUGAGUAUGAACAUUUGUUUUAAUUGGCAAGUUCGCAACGAACUUGGGAACCGCGCGUUGAAAAGUGACUUGAAAUCGACAAUAAGAGGUGCCACAAAAUCUCAAAAUAACCUAUAUUUUUUUUAUUUGUUGUUUCAGCGUUACUAGUUGCAGGCACGGAUUCCAAACAUUUCCAACAGCUAACAAGUGAAAUCUAUCGUUUUAUGCCAUCGCAUUUAAAAAUGGAAGACGUUCGUCGCAUCCAUGGGUCGAAUGAACGCAUUAGUGUUAAGAAUUAUGAAGAAACUAUAAAUUUCUAUUAUCGACUUAUGCUCAAUGCGGACGAAGCGACGUUGUAGUUGGUUUGGUAGGCAUUUUAGAUUUAGAUAGUAUAAUUAAAACUACAGAAAUAUAUCAUUGCGAAAGUCAUGAAAUACUCAACCCAAUUUUCGCGCAACCCCUCUAACCGCAACAGAAUCGCAACAGUCUUAUACAUACAGUAAAUAUAAACCGUAAAGAUCCAAUUUAUAUUCUAUGUCUAUGUUAUAUAUGUAAGGGUGUAAUGGGGAAACAAAUAAAAAUAAAGCAGCGGUUAUAGACGU